CCUAUUCAGACAACAUCACCAACAGCUUGGUGUGUGUAUGGGAGUGAACCAGAGGGUGAUAGCAAGCACACAAGAGGGAGAGAGAGAGAGCAAGCAAGCAAGCAAGCAAGGGGGAGGCUCUGUAUUCUUUCAACUACCCCCCAUCAAGAGGAGGGGCCAGACCCCAGCUGCCAAUCAAAUUCACUCGUGGCAGCCGGCAUUAUCUCAGCAACAAACUAUUGACAGAUUACAUGUCAAGGAGUUUAGUGCAUGAUUGAAGGAAGCCUUUUUAUCUAGUUACUUUUCCGCUCUGUUUCCCCGUUCAUCAACCAACAAUUCUAAUGAUUUUCUAACAGAGUUGAGUAAUAUUAUGAAAGUUACAUGCCUGAGAGGAUUUAACUUCGACUUCCCUGAAUAUGCUGAAAGGACUUUAUGCACUGAAAAGACCUCAGGAAAAUCCAAGAUGGCCGCCAAAAGGAAAGGUGGCCUAAAACUUAACGCAAUCUGUGCCAAGCUGAGCCGCCAGGUGGUUUUUGAAGGCAACUCCCAGCAUGCUGAGGGAGACCACAGCGUGGCGGAUAACAGCGAGCGCGGGAGCUCCCACUUUGACGACAGUGGUGAGAGAUUCGAGACCAACUUCCCUGAAGUUCUGUGUCUCGGCCAAAGCCUAGAGGAGGACCAGAAACGGCGCGAUGCCAUCGAGAAGUGGGUCAACGGGGAGUAUGGGGACGAACCACCUCCCUCUGGCCUGGACAGUGGGGAGGAACAGCCACAACAGCAGGGACUCAAGCGUAACAAUGGUGAGGAAGGACCCCCUGAGGGCGUGUACAUGGUACAGCCCAAGGGCUGCAGUGAUGAGGAGGACAACGCGCUUGACGAGCCCGAACCAAUGGUCAACUCCCGGGAGGGUAGUUUCCAAGGCGACAAGGACACAGAAGAUGGUCAACACAAGGAGGACGUCUACAUGCCGUUAAAGAGCGAAUCCCUAAGUCGCCAAGCACCAUUCUCCUCUCCAGGAGAGGCAACUGCUCUUCAAGACUACGCAGCCAACACCAUGAACGAGUUCCUGGGCAUGUUUGGCUAUGACGACCAGCAGGUAAGGGACGAGCUGGCCAAAAAGAUCAGCAUUGGGAAGCUCAAAACCGCUACCUCAUGGUCAGACACGUCCUCCCUGAGCAGUGAUGAGGCCACACGGCGAGCCCGCUUUUCCAAGUACGAGGAGUAUAUCCGCAAGUUGAAGGCUGGCGAAACCCUGCCCUGGCCCAUCCACCCGAAUCCCAAACCAGAAGAUCUCAACACAAAGGAGAAGAACGCCUUGCUCCAGGCCCAGGUCACUGCCUCUGGGGGUUGCCACCCCGGAGCUGAGGGACAAGUAUACCCCUCCAGCUUGGACCACAAGCAGGGGCAGGUUCAUGGGCAGGUGCACAACACUGGAAACAACCCCCCUGCACCCACGCCCUCUUCUCACCUCCAGAACUUGGCGUCACGCGCCUCCAAAUAUGACUUCUUCAUCCAGAAACUGAAGAUGGGUGAAAGCCUGCGGAGCCAGCAGAAUGGCAAUGCCUACAAAAGACCUUCCAAGUAUGACCUGGAAAACGUUAAGUACCUCCACCUCUUCAAGCCAGGUGAAGGGAACCCAGACAUGGGGGGCGCUAUUGCUUACAAGACAGGGAAGGUUGGUCGCCCAUCCAAGUACGACAUCAAGAACAUCCAGAAGCUGAUGCCAGGGAGACCCGAGCCCUCUCUGAUGCCCAACAUUCUGUCCGUCACACAAGGGAACCCAGGUACACCAGGGGCCCCUACCUCGUCCUCCUCUGCUGUGGCCACAUGCCCACCAGGGCUCACCAUGGAUCAGACGGGUCACAUGGGCUUCAACACCUCUGACUACAUGAAAUCCAGCUUCUCCAAGACUGACUCUAUCACCACUGGAACUGUGUCUUCUGUAAAGAAUGGCCUACCGCCAGAGAAACCUGUCACAGAGGACAUCAACCUGUACCAGAAAUAUAUCGCCAGAAGCCGUCAAACCUUCCCGAAGCCCCCACCACCACCACCACCACCACCAUACCCUGAGCCCCCCACCACACCACCAACUUUUAAAAGGUUCUCGGGGAGCCAGCACUGUGGUCACGUGCAUUGUGCCUACCAGUACCGGGAGCAUUACCACUGCAUGGACCCAGAGUGCAACUACCAGAGGUUUACCAGCAAGCAAGAUGUGAUCAGGCACUACAAUAUGCACAAGAAGAGGGACAACUCCUUGCAGCAUGGCUUCAUGCGCUUUAGCCCGCUGGAUGACUGUAGCGUCUACUACCAUGGCUGCCACCUCAACGGAAAGAGCACCCACUACCACUGCAUGCAGGUGGGCUGCAAUAAGGUGUACACUAGCACCUCUGAUGUCAUGACUCACGAGAAUUUCCAUAAGAAGAAUGCUCAACUGAUCAACGAUGGCUUUCAGAGGUUCCGUGCCACGGAGGAUUGUGGGACAGUGGAGUGCCAAUUCUACGGGCAGAAGACCACACACUUCCACUGCAGGCGCCUAGGCUGCACAUUCACCUUCAAGAACAAGUGUGACAUUGAGAAACACAAGAGUUACCACAUCAAGGAUGACGCGUAUGCCAAGGAUGGCUUCAAGAAGUUCUACAAGUACGAAGAGUGCAAGUACGAAGGCUGUGUCUACAGCAAGGCCACCAACCACUUCCACUGCAUCCGUUCGGGCUGCGGCUUCACCUUUACCUCCACCAGCCAGAUGACCUCUCACAAGCGCAAACACGAGCGCCGCCAUAUCCGCUCUUCGGGUGUCAUGGGACUGUCCUCAGGCGGCUCCUUCCUGAUGCCCAAGGAGGAACCCGGGGACGAGUCGAGCAACGACGACCUCAUGGACUUCUCGGCCAUAAGCAGCAAGAACUCCAGCCUGAGCGCGUCCCCCACCACCCAACAGUCGUCCAACGGGCCUGACGCCCACCUGCUUGCCACGCCCACCACGGUGGUGUCGUCCUCCGCCGGAGGGCACGGGGGCCUCAAGUCCACCUGCUCGCUGCCUCACUCGGCGCGCAUGUCAAGUCUGCUGUCCCAGGCGUUGCCCAGUAACAUGCCAGUGGCGCUGGCUCUCUCCAACAGUGCCCUUUCCAGCGUUAACAAUCCCUUCUUCCCACUCAUGCCCCGGCUGCCCAUGCAGUUGCCCCAUUCGGCUGCUAGCCUGAUCUCGGCCGUGUCGUCUGGCAACCACUCCAUGCCCACCGACUCGCUGUCCCAGGGCAGCUGCUCCUCAGCCGGCGGCAAUGGCAGCAUGGCGUCCACACCGACCUCCUACAGCUCAGCCUCGUCCAUCAUGGAGAAGAUCUCGGCUAGCAAGGGCCUGAUUUCCCCCAUGAUGGCCAGGCUGGCAGCAGCUGCCCUCAAGCCAUCCGGCAACCACCAAGAUACAGGGAAUGGCCUGGCUGGUUCUUCGGCGAGUCGAUUCAGUCUGGUUCAAGUGAAGCAAGAGCCAGUCGACCAUACCACAGGGGCCUCCCAAGAUUCCAUCCAAGAGCACAGUCUGGACCUGAGCAAAAAAGACCACAGUAAUGAAUCAAACGGACACCCUCUACCGGGAAAUACAUCUCUUUUAUCCUCGCUUAUGAAUAAGAUGAAUGCCGGCUUCUUCAGUGCCCUGAACCUGAAGACGGAGCAGGAAAGCAGCCAAGGGGCUGACACCUCAGAGGCGGCGCAGUAUCUGAGCCGCAUCAUGAAGAGGCCCGUGCCAGACAAACCCACGGAGCUCUGGAGGACAUAUCUGCGCAGGUUUGACACUGAGGACUUCUGCGAGGCCCAGUGUGACUUCCUGCAGAAGAUCCACUUCCACUGUCUAGUAGAGGACUGUGGGGCGCUCUUUAGCACGGUGGAUGGAGCUAUUAAACACGCCAACUUCCAUCUAAGGGCCACAUUGAAGGUGAAAUCGGAGCCCCAGUCCAAUGAAGUGAAGGACUGCGUUGACGGAGCGUCCCACCAGCCCGCUGCCCCCGUCUCCAUGGCCAACAACCCCGCCAUGAACGUGGCCAAUAUGUCAGGUGGCGUCUAUGGCUCGUCGCCCUCCCUGUUGGCAUGGAAGCAGCUGACAGGCAGCAUCCCUCAGCUCAAUGCCUCAAUGCCGAACCUGCCUGCCAACUCACCGUUGGCCACCACCUCCCUGGAGAACGCCAAGCCGCAGGUCAAACCGGGCUUCCUGCAGUUCCAAGACAAUUCAUACAGUGACCCUUGCUUAGCCACUGACUGUAAGUACUCCAACAAGUUCCACUUCCACUGUCUCUUCGGGAACUGCAAGUAUGUCUGCAAAACCUCUGGGAAGGCUGAAUCCCACUGCUUGGACCACAUCAACCCUAACAACCACCUGGUCAAUGUUCGAGAUCAGUUCUCCUACUACUCCCUCCAGUGUCUCUGUCCCAACCAGCACUGUGAGUUCAGAAUGAGGGGCCAUUACCACUGCCUUCGACCCGGCUGCUACUUUGUUACCAACAUCACCACCAAGCUGCCCUGGCAUGUUAAGAAACAUGAGAAGGCAGAACGACGUGCAGCCAAUGGUUUCAAAUACUUCACCAAGAGGGAGGAGUGUGGCCGACUAGGCUGCAAGUACAACCAGGUGAACAGUCACUUCCAUUGCAUCCGUGAGGGCUGCCAGUUCUCCUUCCUGCUCAAGCAUCAGAUGACCUCGCACGCUCGCAAACAUAUGAGGAGGAUGCUGGGAAAGAAUUUUGACAGGGUCCCAUCGCAGGUGGUGUCUCAUGGCCAAAGGGCAGAUGACAUGCAGCACUUGUCAGGCCUGGGAUCGGGCCCCAUGGGCAGCCAACCGGGCAUGACCCCAGGCUUCUCCAGCAUGAUGGACGAGACGGAUGACUACAUGGACUACAUGGGCGGGGGCAGCCCCCUGGGCCUCUCGUCCGAGUCCUCCAAUCCGGAUCGCAGCUGCAGCAGCACCCCGGUGGGCAACGACAGCUCCCCAGCGGAACCAGGCUGCCCGGUCACAGCUCCCUAUACCCCUGCUGACACUAGCGCUCCUCAAAAUGCACCUCCUCCACCACCACCUCCUCUGCCUGGACUCCAGUCUCAGGCUUCAUCUUUCCCUCCUGCCCUCCUCCGACCUCCUCUUCCCUCGCUCCCAUACCUCCUCUCUCCAUCCUGUCUGUCAUACUCUCUGCUCAGCACCUCUCUCGGAGCCACUCGGAGUGUUGUCAUGCCAACCAACACACCAGCUUUCAGCCCCAUCAUUGCCACACCGUCUCCGGUUAAAAAUGACGUCCCUAUAGUGCAGGAUGCUGCAGGCAACACCAUCUCCAUCCCUACAGCCACCGGCGCCAAGAAACGCUUCUGGAUCAUCGAGGACAUGUCCCCGUUCGGCAAGAGGCGCAAGACAGCUUCGUCGCGCAAAAUGUUGGACGAGGGCAUGAUGCUGGAGGGCUUCCGUCGUUACGACCUGUAUGAGGACUGCAAGGACCCCGGAUGCCAGUUCUCCCUGAAGGUCACCCACUAUCACUGCACCCGCGAGAACUGCGGCUACAAGUUCUGCGGCCGCACGCACAUGUACAAGCAUGCGCAGCACCACGACCGCGUGGACAACCUGGUCCUGGACGACUUCAAGCGUUUCAAGUCCUCCCUCAGCUGCAACUUCUCCGACUGCCAGUUCUCCGGCAACAGCACCCACUUUCACUGCCUGCGCUGCGGCUUCCGCUGCACGGACAGCACCAAGGUGACGGCCCACCGCAAGCACCACGGCAAGCAGGACGUGAUCAGCGCGGCCGGCUUCUGCCAGUUUAGCUCCAGCGCUGACUGCGACGUGGCGGACUGCAAGUACAAGCUCAAGUGCUCGCACUUCCACUGCACUUACCCUGAGUGCAAGCACACCGUGGUGGGUAUGUCCCAGAUGGACUCCCACAAGCGCAAGCAUGAGAAGCAGGAGCGUGGCGAGCUGCCAUCGGUGUCCCCGCGCCAGGGGGCGGAGCCUCAUACGGGGGGAGGUGUCUCCACCAUGUCCCACGCCUCCAUGGGCCUUCCUUCGGCCUCUCCCAGUGGCCUUUCAGGACUCUCCCACCACCACCACAACAAUCACACCUCCUCCAUGCUCUACCCCUCAGCCAGUGUAGCAUCUGACUACAGCCUCCCCUACCCAGCCUCCUCGGUCAGUCUGGACAGCUCCCUCAACCUGGGCACCAACACCAGCAGCUCCCUGUUCUUCCUGAAGAACGCCGCUGGCCUGGGCCUCAAUGACUCGCUGGACUUGAGCAAAAAGAUGCAGCAUCUCCACGACCCAAGCCUGACCAUGGCAGCCGGGCCCAACCCCACGCCACCGCUAGGCCUGACCGCCCCUCAGGACGACACCACGGUGACAUCAGGUGACCCAGAGGACGACCAGUCACUGGAGGAAGAGGCCAACGUGGAGGAAGAGGAAGAUGACGAGGAGGAGGAUGACGAUGAGGGGGAUGACGAUCUGAACACUGACUCUUACGAAGAUUCGAUGCCAGAGCGCGAAGGCAACAGCCAGGAUAUUGGCGAGCGUUUCGAUGCUUCCGUAAACCACACUGACACUUCCCAACUGGAAAGGCAAGAGGCCGACCCAUGAAAGAUACUCUUAUACCGCGGAAGAAGAAUCCUGUAUACUAUGAACAAACAAAUUAAAGUGGCCUCAUUUAUCAUGGUUAGGGACACUGCAGAUGACAACGAGAAAACAACAACAAGAAGAAAUGAUGGCCCAAAAUGAUUUAUUAUGAUGUUUACAAGAUGACCAACGUUAUUAAUUCAAUUAUGCAUUAAAAAUGAACAGCGAAACAAACACAUUAGGCCCUCUUUUACACAUGGGGCAGCAAUGUAAACAUUUUACUACACAUCAGUCGUUUUGUGUGCGUGCAUGUUUGACUUUAAUUUAUUUUUUGUUUUUACCUUUUUUGUGUGUGGAAAAAACUAUAAGGAAAAAAAGAAAUCUCUCUAUAUACCUAUAUAUGUAAGUGUGUGUGAACUUUGAUAUAAAAAGGAAAUUACUUGUUCAGUCUUUAAAAGAACUGCAGGACCCUUGUCAAUGAAAGGGAAAGACAUCACUGUUAAAUUACAUUGAGGGAAAGUUCUGAAGCAGAAUGUGUUCGAACAGAUGAUCCAGUUUCUGUAAUAUUAUUAUUAUUAAUAAUUUUAUUAUUAUUAAUAUUAUUUCUACAUUAAGUACAGGGGUUUGCGUUUGUGUUUUGGCUUGUACCGUUCUCUCUUCAUCCUCUGUAAGGUUAUUUUUUCUUUCAUUAUGUACAUUUUCAAGUAGGUGACUAGUGUCCUCAGUCUCAACCACAGAUGGGCAUAGCUCUCUCAGCAAGCAUUGCUCUUAGUGUAUGCAGCUACCUGUGAAAUGACAUUAAAUUUUCACUAAAACAAGCUUAUGCCCUUCUAAUUGUAAGAGUAUCCCUUCCCCCCCUGUCGGGGAACCCUUUGAGUUUGUGUCUGGAUAGUGCACUUUUAUAGACAACAAUAGCUAUUCAAACAUAUUUAAAGAUAUUUUUGUUACCAUGUGCAUCAUUGCAUUACGAUUGUGUUAUACUUGCAUAGUUCAAUUCGACGCGUCAGCACAUUGAUUUAGAACUAGGCGAGAACCAUCAUGACUAACUAGCUGGGAGUCUGAAUGAACUGAACAGAGGAAAAGACAAGUUAGCAAUGAGAAAUGACAGGUAGCGUCAGGGAGUGUGUUUGUUUUAAAUGUGCAGACAGAAAGCCAUGUGUCAAUGUUGGACAUUUUGUUUCCCAUUUACUAUGGCUGUGGUUGAGCUCCUAUUGUAAUGGUUUUAUUUAAUAUUUAUGUGACCUUGCAAUGAAACAUUUUAGGGUGUUCUAGCACUUUUUAGAUUUAUUUUUACCUUCUGAAAAAAUAUGGCAUGCAUCUUUUAACAGGGAAUUUGCUUUAAGAUUAUGUUUUAGUUCACUUUGCUUUGAUGCACAAAUAGUUGUUAAGUGUGACAAAGAACUGUUGUUCUAUGUUUUAUUUAAAGUAAGGACUGAUUUUAUUUACUUCUGUGCUUGGAGGAUUUAAAUAUAAAAUGGGCAUGCCUGAGUUAUGGUGGCCUAACGACAACACUAAAAAGAAUAAAUUAUUUAGAACAUGAUGACAAUGCUCAGAUACUGUAGUACUAAAUUAUCACACAAAAUACAUUUAGUGUAACCUAUUCUCAGGUUUUCUGGGGAGUGAAAAUUGUUAUGAUGAAUUAUUUCUUGAACAUGGCUUCACAAAAUUCACAAAAUAUUGUUUCGAGAAGAAAGGUUGUACAGUAUUUUCUUCUGUAAAAAGACUAUAUGAACAAAAUGCUCUUUGAUGAAGAGCUUUCUUUAAAAAGAAAACGAAAAAGGAGAAAUGAAUAAUAAAAAGUAAAAAAUUGAAAUAACCCCACUAUAGUAUACUUGUGUGAGUGUGUGAUUCCGUUUUUUACCUUGACAUUUUUGCAUUAGAAAAUUCUGUUUUCCCAAAUGAUGUUAAAAGUGACUACAAAAAUACACUGAUUUAGACCUAUUAAUGUCUGUUUCUGGUUUAUCUAUUUAGAUAUGGGUUUCAUUCAUUUUUGUGUUUGAAAUGUUUGUGUGCUCUUUCUUUUACAAUAACUAAACAUUUUUGGUUGAAAUUUUACUUUGUUGUGGGCAUGCCUCUUAUGGGCUGAAUUGUCUCCCUGGACUCAAAUGCAAGGCAGUGCAUCACUUUUCAUUUGUUUUUAUUUCUGUUUCUUUGACAACAUUUUAGAAGUAGCAACUGGGCUAUUGAGCACUUGAAAAGUGUGUUUGUGUGUGUGAGUGUGUGUGUGUAUCUGGGGGUUGCUUGGUGUACUGUACGUAAAAAGAAACGGAAAAAAAGAAACUCUAAUUAUUAUAAUAAAUACAUAUGUACUGCAUACAGUAGUAGUGCUUUAGCCCGCUAAUGUUUGGGGUCAUGAGUAAUUGGGGGAUUCCCUGAAUACUAACACAAUUUUGAGAGAGACUGUCUCAAGUACAAUAUGUGAAGAAAGGCAUGAUGGCAGAGAACUGGUUUCUCUUUGUGAUAACACUGAGGGAGAAUGUCUGUCCCCACAACCCCUAGCAGAGUGGUCUGUGGAAAUGUUAUUGUCGCCAAGUCAAAAGGCCUUGCUUCAUGUUCUGUGACCUUUCCUCAUUUCAUUCUUCGAAAUGUCUUGGUCCUUUGACAUUAAACGGAAGGUUUGUCCCAAAGACAUUCAAGUGAUAUAUCUGCAUUGUUGUAGAUAACAAAGAAUUAACAAUAUGUGUUGCCAGGCGCCCCAAUAUAGGCUUGCCUCGUCAGAGAUGAACCAGUACAAUUCAGUUUAAAAUGAGUAGAGUCGGGUGUGAAAGGAGUUUUCUGGUGCCAUCAAGAUGGGUCUCUGUGUCUCUCUGAGAAAGGAAGAAACUUUUAGUUUCAGGUGUUUUUCUCUUUGGGAGCUUUGUGCUGAUUUCCCUUCCUGGCUUUCAGUUGCACACAAUGACCAGCGCACUGCUCUGCUGGUGUUUCCACUCCUCCAUCAGCCUACAGCUGUUGCUGUGUCUCCUCCUUCUUUUCCUUGUGAUGUUUCUUUAAAUGACAAACGGGUAAAGGCAUCACCAUCUGUCAGCCAGCUGGUAUCCUGUAUAUAAUCUACGAGAAAGAAAAAAUAAACAUCAAAAUUAUAUUACAUAAAAACCAGACGGAAACGACCUCCAAAUCCUGCAUUGUCUGCUGCUGAAAUGACAGAUCAUUUUACUGUUUUAAUUAACAGUGAAAAAAAUGACAUGAAAACAGAAAGAAAAAAUGUGAGGUUUAUUUUCUCUGUUGGUGUAAUAGUGUGCUUAAAAAGCAGUGUACUCCCACUGCUUGGUGGCAGGCAGAGAAUAGUUGUAAAAUAUUUUGCACUCCAGGACUAAAAGCCAUCUCUAGCUCGUUUACAUUUUGGGUUUAUUUCACAAGCACACAGGGAGACAAAUCAGACCUUUUGUAUAAAAAGUAGACUAUGAAGAAAACGUCUUUUAAAUUACUUGAAAUUGCUACCCUCUUCAAUGGUGUUCAUAAUUACUUUCAACUUGGAUUUAGUGCUGUUUAGUCCUUCAGUGUGCUAUAUUUAUGUUUUUUUUGCAUGUCUAAUGCAAGAGUUGAGCUUUUCACUCUAUAAAAUAAAGAUGUC